GUCUAUUUAAUGUGAUUCAAGCAGCAGCAAGGAUCAACUAACUAACCCUAUUUCCAUAAUCAAAGUGCAAAUCACAAAAACGAUCCACCAUGGAAAUGGAACCCUCAUUGUUCUACUCUCUUAUACUCUUCCCAGUUUUUCUCUACACCACCUUCAAGCUUCUCUCUAAGAGCAGAAGAUUAAGAAACCUUCCACCAGGUCCAACACCUCUUCCAACAAUAGGCAACCUCCACCACCUAAAACCGCCGCUCCACCGCGCAUUCCACCGCAUGUCGCAGACAUACGGCCCCAUAUUCUCCCUGUGGUUCGGCUCGCGCCUCGCGGUCGUUGUCUCAUCGCCGUCGGCUUUCCAAGAAUGCUUCACUAAGAACGAUAUCGUGUUGGCGAAUAGGCCAAGGUCUCUGUCCGGAAAGUACAUAUUCUACAACUACACCACCGUAGGGUCUUGCUCCUACGGCGACCACUGGCGCAACCUCCGCCGCAUCACUUCUCUUGAUGUUCUCUCAACGCAACGGACUCACUCCUUCGCCGGAAUCCGAAAGGAUGAAACCGACAGGUUGAUGACAAAAUUGGGGAAGGAAACAGGGUCAGAGUUUAGUGAAGUGGAGCUAAGUUCUAUCUUUCAUAAUAUGACUUACAACAACAUGAUGAGAAUGAUAUCAGGGAAAAGAUACUAUGGUGAUGACCAUGACAUGAAAGAUUUGAAUGAAGCCAAAGAGUUUAGGGACACAGUCACAGAGUUGCUUCAAAUGGCAGGUGUUUCUAACAAAGCAGAUUACAUACCUUUCCUAAGGUGGUUUGACUUUGGCAAUUCCCAAAAGAAGUUGAAGAAUAUUAGUAACAGGUUUGAUGAUUUCUUGAAUAAACUCAUCCAUGAGAACCGUACUAGGAAGCAGCACCAAGAAGGUGAAAAUUCCAUGAUUCACCAUCUCUUGAAUCUUCAGGAAUCCGACCCUUACUACUAUACUGAUCAAAUCAUCAAAGGGCUAGCUCUGGCCAUGCUGUUUGCGGGAACAGAUUCAUCUGCUGUGACUUUAGAGUGGUCACUAUGUAAUUUACUAAAUCACCCUGAGGUUUUGAACAAGGCAAGAGAAGAAAUAGAGACACAAAUCGGAGAAGAGAGGUUGUUAAGUGAAUCAGAUCUUCCAAAACUACCUUACCUUAGGAACAUUAUUCUAGAGUCAUUAAGGUUGUACACGCCAGCACCAUUGCUCAUACCACACGUGUCAUCACAAGACAUCACAAUAGGAGGAUUCAAUGUUCCAAAGAACACCAUAGUGAUGAUCAAUGCUUGGGGGAUGCAUAGAGAUCCUACGGUCUGGAGUGAUGCCACGUGUUUCAAUCCGGAGAGGUUUGAGAAAGAAGGAGAGGAGAAGAAGUUGGUUGCUUUUGGAUUGGGACGAAGGGCUUGCCCUGGUGAAGCAAUGGCUAUGCAUGGUGUUGGUUUCACUUUGGGAUUGUUGAUUCAAUGCUUUGAUUGGAAAAGGGUUAGUGAGGAACCCAUUGAUAUGAGAGAAAGAAAUUGGUUCACUCUUUCAAGGCUGACUCCAUUGAAGGCUAUGUGUAAACCACGCCCAAUUGUGAACAAAGUUUUCUCAAAUAUUUAGGGUAGAAUUUGAUUUGCAACAAUAAAAAUUAA